CCCCCCCCCCUCCUCCAAGGACUGGCUGGCUGGGAAGGAUCUUCGCUUCAGACACAGCUUUAGCCUUGCUUGAAUUGUGAUUGUUGUUACCAUCAUCCUUAUCCUUCAAGAAAGAAGCUUGGCUUUGGGCCACUCUGGGGACCAGCAGCAUCGCCUCUGAAUUGAUGCUCGACUGCGAAAGCUGAGAAGGAGGCAAGGAAGGAAAGAAAAGAAGGGAGAGCGGAUUGCACGGAAUCAGGAAAUAUAUAUAUUUAUCUCUCUAUACAAAAGAGAUCAAGGCGAGGAUUAGAGAGAGAGAUGCCUCCAGCCACGGCACAGACCUCGACUCCUUUGUAACAGACAGCCGUAGUUCAGGCAAGUGGCAUGAUGGCUAAGGGAACUGAUAAUGAGAUGUGGAAUCUUUCAUCUCCGACAUCACAAUCCCUCAAUGAUGAAGGAGCCAUGGGGAGUAAGGAAUCCAGCAAGUGCUUGCUUACAGCCUCUGAAAGCGAAGUUGAUCCAACAACAUCACUUGCCUUAGAGAUGAAAUAUGCACUGGAUCCCAACCGGCAGAUCAAGAAAAGAAACAAAGCCCUGCAGGUGAGAUUCAAAGACAUCUGCGAGGCUCAAAACGAGCAGAGGGACAAACAACUCUCUACCUUACAACAAAUGGAUAAAAAAGAAGCAAAGUCUCUCUCUUACAGAGCAGCUUACCGGAAAUAUAUGACAGUGCCUGCCCGGAGAUCAAUCCCUAAUGUUACUAAAAGUACAGGAGUUCAGACUUCGCCUGAACUUAAAAAGUGUUACCAGACAUUCCCUUUGGACCGGAAAAAGGGAAGCAUCAUCAAAAGCAUAGCUUCUGUUGAUACUUUCCCCAGUCAAAACAAUGGAUUUUUAAUAGAUGUUAAAGAUAAGGACAGCACCAUCUCAGGGGAGGCUGCUCACUGUAGCAAGAAAGUCACUGGAUUUGUGACAGCGGAGUUUAUUUCACAUACUAAUGAACGCAUGAAUGCAAUAGAGCAGCCUUCUAGUGACAACUGUUCGGAGACAUGUAGAAGCACUGAUUUGCACAGCUGUACUAAAGAACCUCCUUCUCUUCAAAACUCAGCAGCUUCUGUUUUAGAAGAGCCUGAUUACCAGCUGCAUGACAAAGCAAAACACCACACUGGGCUGUUGGAUAGUGAGGAGGCUAAUCUAUCGACCCAUGGAAAAGUCUUCAAGACAGAAGUAGCUUCUGUCUACUUGCCUGCAUCCAGUUCACACGCCUCACAGACUGACCUGCAAAAUUCUGCAGCAGCAGGGAAUGACUGGUCUCUGUGUCCAGCCGAGGAGGACAAAAAAAGAACAGUGCAUCUUAAUGGUCUGCAAUCACAAGCCGUAAGUGCAGCUCAGGCCUGCUCAAUGCAGGCACAGUGCCAAUCAACCGAAUGUAAUGAACAGACCCUUCAGAUACAUGUGUCACCUAUGGAAGGAAAACAGCCUUGUCAGACAGCAGUUGCUGUGAGUGAAGGAUGUCAACAAAUCGUGCCUCACACAGAAGUGGUAGACUUGAAAGCACAGCUGCAGAUGAUGGAGAACUUGAUCAGCUCAAGUCAGGAAACCAUCAAGGUCUUGUUGGGUGUCAUUCAGGAACUGGAAAAAGGAGAAGCUCACAGAGAAGGAUAUUGUUACCUGGGGGAAAACCUUAUGUCGAAAUCGGACCUUGACUAUGUAAUGAAAGCAUCUUCUCAUUUGUUGAGACUUGACCCAUUAAAGCUUUCAUAUCGGACUGGUCAAGACACAUCUAACUGUGACACAUGCAGGAACAGUGCAUGUAUAAUCUAUAGUGUGGAAUUAGAUUUUAAGCAGCAAGAAGACAAACUACAGCCAGUUCUGAGAAAACUUCAUCCUAUUGAGGAAACUCAGGUUGCACCUUUGCCUUAUUCCCAGGAGAGUUACUCCUCAACUCCCAAGCAAAAAUCCAAAACUGAAUCAAAAAAGCAUGGAAGAUGGAAACUCUGGUUUCUUUAACUAAGUCCAUAAGACAUGGAAUUUAAGGCCUUCUUCAAAAAAACACAUCCACACAGUGUUGUGGAAUUUUUUUUAAAAGGAUCUUGGUCAUUUGAGCAGGUGACUGUCAGCAAUGUUACUCUAACAAUACUGAGGAAGCAUUCUGUUUUCACCACAUGUACCAAAAAAGGCCUUUGUUACCUAUGAACUAACUUUCAGGAGCAAGGUGUUAAAAGUAUGCCUUGCCAACUUUUUAUCCGAAUUUCACCAGUGUGGGAUGUAAACGAUUUUUUUAAAAAAUCAGGAUAGAAAAUCAUAUUAGCAGAGGUGAAGUAAAACUAUCCUCCCCCAAGUUCUUUAACUCACAAUCGUUUGUUUGGUCUUUUUUUAAAAAAGCAUCUUAAUGUCAGACUGCCAUCUUGUUCACAUCUGAAUAUAUUAGUCCAGUUAAGAUGUUUUUGUGAAGGAAAAAGAAAGCAAGCCUUUUAUUUCCAAAGGCCUCCAUUGCACAUUUAAUUUUCCAAAAAUGCUUGGGUUGGGUAGUGCCAUUUUCAGCACAUAAAUAUCCUGAGGAAAGCACAAUAUUUUUCAUAUGGUCCAGGACCAUGAAUUAUCUUUAAGAUGUGACUAUGUGUGUAUACUUGCCUUUAUGUGCUGUAGCAUUGAGCCAAGUGAUUGCAUCUCAGUGAAAUGCUGGCACCUCUGAUUUAGUGUCAUCCUCAUUGCCAGACCUCUGCUCAUUUUUACUGGUGAGCAGCCAAAAGCCACCUAAAGUCAGGACAUGCCUUUACUCACUGAAAGUUGACAGGGUCAAAGCUAGGAGCGCUAUGCUCUUUUAGAUAUCAUUUUUAAUCUGUUGGUACCCAACAGCUGAAAUCCUAUGUUCUGGCACCAUAUCUGGGGCAGGGAGUAAAAGAAAAGAGUCACUUAACAUUCAGAUAACAGAACAUUGGCAGCUGCCACAAUUUAAUACUUUUUUGUAAUUCAGUCUUGAGAAAACACUACACACGAUUAACACACUGUGCCAGAAAUUUUAUAAUGUGUUGUGCUUUUUAAGAGUUCACCAGAGCCUGGCAAUUUUAUUUAGUUGCGCCAUAAAACAUCCAACCAUCUUAAUUGUCAUUCAGUACUAACAAAUGAGAACACUGAAUUAAAACGUUAUUUUAAGAGUAACAUUUAAAAUUUUCAUUUCAUUAUACACUUUGGGCAUGAGCCAGCCACCAUAAAAACACUUCUAAUCCCCACCAAUUUCAGUGAGAGGAAGUUAGAGCACUUGAUUGACUUUCCCAAUCAUUGGAAUUUGAGAGUAUGUAACUUUGUAUGGAUUGUACUCUGAAUUAUUUCCUUUGAAGAAAUUAUUAUGUAACUGCUUUUCUUCAGAAAUGUUUCUGUUAUGCAAGAAUCCUCUGGUUUAUCAAUACUUUGAAGUUCAAUAGAAUAUGUGGAAGAUACUACGCCUAUAAUUUCAUAUCUUGGAACACUGCAUAGAUAUACCUUUUCCAGUAUAGCAAAACAGCAGAAAGUGAGAAUAAUGUUGGUAGAUUUGCCACCAAAAAAGCUAUUUAAAUGUGUAAUAUAUUCUGCUUACUAAUCAAACUCAUUAUUUAAAUAUUAUGGGUAUUAUAUAGACCCCAAAGGAAGCAAUCUGGUUGUUUUUCUGGGGGGAAAAAUGCUUGAGUUACGAAGCUGAUGAAAAUGUGAUAAACAUGAUUGUUAUGGUCAACUUCAAAAUCUGACGUCCUAUUUAUGCUUUAAUGAAAACAAAGUCCCAUAUUUGUAGUAAAAUUCCAAGAGGGCUACAAAUCAUUGUGCAUAAGCAAACCGUGUUCUAAAAUAUUUUUUGCAAAAGCAGAAGGAUGAGAAAGGCAUAACUGUGCCAUGAAGGAAAGUGCAAUUGUCUUUUUUGUUGUUAAAGGGACGGGUGGGAAAUGAAGUGUAAUGUAUUUUAUAAUGUUUUUGAUUAAAGUUCAAAAUCUGUUUACAAAAGACCCCACCAUAAAUAUUUUAGAAUCCCAAAUAUAUCAGAGCAUUAAAUAUUUUAUUUUUAUGAAAACCAAGGCAAAUCCUCAAAUAUAUACAAUCAUGCAUAGAUUAGAUUAUAUUAAGGUUAUUGUGAUUCUGCAGAUAGCAUCUUCACAUAUAUAAGCAGCCUAGUUCCUUAGACCAUUUACUACACAGUCUCAACACCCUCAUCUAGCAAAUGUCCAAGUGGGAAGUUUUCAUGUGUGGUCUGAGCUUUGUUUACUUUUGCUGGGGACAAUACUGAAUUCACAAGCUGCUUUCAAGAUUUUCUUGAGGCCACAAAGGCAAUUGCAAUCCAAUACAUGGGUGUACAUUGGUUUGAUAAUCCAGAGCUAUACAGUCAUUAUCGUGUUCUAUAUGCACAAUAUUAAUGUGCAGACUUGAGAUAUGUGGAUUUUCAUGGUUUAAUAAAUCAUAAAUAAAUAAAAAACUUUAUUUAUAGACUACCCUAUCUCCCCAAAGGGACUUAGAGCGGUUCCCAACAAGUAAGGCAAACACUGUAGCAGCCCCCCUUCUUACCUAACCCAGUUGACACACAAACAAUCUAAGACUAAAAUUCCAAGAUAAAGCCGUGUUAGUCUAGUAUAUCAGCAUGUAAAGGGAUCUUGUAGGAUGGUAACAAAGAACAAAAUUGGUAGCGUAUACUUUUGUAGACGAACGCUGAUUUUUCAGAGACUAACAUUAAUUCAUAGGUUAUUGGUUCAGAGUUGACUAGUUGUGGGGAAACAAGUAUACACAAUCUAAAAUGUACAUGAAAUACCUUCUGGUUUAUAGUCUAUUCACAACACAUAUCAUUGUUUUUGAGUCUGGGACAGAAUCAAUCCUGCAGUAUUAACCCUCCAUAUUAUAAACAUACGAUUCUCUUAGUCUAUGAUCUGUAUGUUUCAGAAACAGCCCAUAUUCUCAUGGGUUUCUAUUCCCACACAAAGAAUCUAUAUUUCCUUGUUGCCACGGAACGUACAAGAUAUAGAAAUCAAAGCUGGGAAAGACAGACAUACUCCGAAACCAUUUUGAAGAUGAAAUUGAACCUAAUUAAAUGUUCUAUAUUUGAACAUAGUAUUUUCCUAAUCUGCUGGCAAAUUUUAAUUUUUACAUUUCCUCUUUCAAAAGGUAAAAUACAUUUUCUUGCUCAAAAUUGUGUUAUCGUACCAUACUAUGUAACUUGUAAUAAAAUGUUCUUUCCAAUUGUGUAAAA